AUGUAUAGUUAUUCCUCUGUGAAAUUAUUUUCUUUGUCAGUUGCAAUAAUCGCAGAAGUAUACUCCCGUGAUAUCCCAGACUUUGGUUCAACCCAGCGUCUUCAAGUGGAAAAAGGGCAAUAUAUGGAAAUACGAUUGGGGCUAUGGAUACACCGUGACUCACCUGGAGCACCUUGUGCAGAUGAGGAAUAUCUUGAGAUCCGUGAUGGGUAUAAUCAGUCUGGAAAUCUUUUGGGUGUAUUUUGUGGAAGAUACGUUCCUCACUUUACGCUACGUUCCAGUGGACAGAACACGUGGUUAAGGUUUUCAUCUAACCAUAGAUACCGGCUAUUUUAUCCCAGAUAUUAUGAGGGAAAAGCACCAGGUGCAACAGGUAAGUAUUCUUAGGUUAAAAUGUUCUGAUUUUCCUAAUGGUAUAAUUUAUUCUGGAUGAUAUGUCUUCUUAUGUUUGUGCUUAGUUCCCACUAACCUAAGAAACGUCGCAAAGACUCAGUUUGUCCUCCACCAAUCGUCAUCUUUGUGGUGCCCGGCGGAAGGUGGACCAGCUCCUCGCAUUGUUUGGAGAAAGAAUGGCGCUGUUGUGCAAAACAGCACUAGCGUGCGACUUCAAAUCAACGUCACUGAAGAAGAAAGAAGUACAACUUACAGCUGCGAAGUGGACGACCAUGGCCAGUUGAAGAGGAAAAACAUCAAUCUUAUCGUCGAGAGUAAGUCUCAAGUUACAUCUUUACUUCAAGGGGAUCUCAGUUGUUGUGUGUGCUUUUAG